AUGGCGGCCGUGGACCUGGUUGCCGAGUUUCCCCAGCCGGCCGGUGCUGCGCGCUGGGCAGAGGUUAUGGCUCGCUUCGCCGCCCGGUUGGGCGCGCAGGGCCGACGAGUGGUGUUGGUCACCUCCGGCGGCACCAAGGUCCCUCUGGAAGCCCGGCCUGUGCGCUUCCUGGACAACUUCAGCAGUGGGCGGCGCGGUGCUAGCUCGGCCGAAGCCUUCUUGGUCGCGGGCUACGGGGUUCUGUUCCUGUACCGCGCGCGCUCUGCCUUCCCCUUUGCCCACCGCUACCCGCCCCAGACCUGGCUGUCUGUUCUGCGGCCCUCCAGCCAAGCGCCUUCGGGCUUGCUGAGCCUGGAGGCGGAGGAAAAAGCACUCCCGGGCUUCGCCGCAGCUCUGCGGAGCUACCAGGAAGCUGAGGCUGCCGGCACCUUUCUGGCCAUAGAGUUCACCACUUUGGCAGACUAUUUGCAUUUGCUGCAGGCUGCAGCCCAGGCUCUCAACCCACUAGGUUCUUCUGCGAUGUUUUACCUGGCUGCGGCCGUGUCAGAUUUCUAUGUUCCUGCUUCUGAAAUGCCUGAACACAAGAUCCAGUCAUCUGGGGGCCCACUGCAGAUAACAAUGAAGAUGGUGCCAAAAAUGCUUUCUCCUUUGGUUAAAGACUGGGCUCCCAAAGCAUUUAUAAUUUCCUUUAAGUUGGAGACUGACCCCUCCAUCAUAAUUGAUCGUGCACGGAAUGCUUUAGAAGUUUAUCGACAUCAAGUGGUGGUGGCUAAUAUCCUUGAUUCACGGCGAUCUUCUGUGGUUAUUAUAACCAAAGACUCAGAAACCAAGUUGCUGUUAUCAGAGGAAGAAGUAGAGAAAGGCAUAGAGAUAGAAGAGAAGAUAGUGGAUGAUCUUCAGUCUCGACAUACUGCUUUUAUACAUGACAAAAACUGAGGUAAAAAGCCUUUAUUUAUAGGAUCAAAACUUGUUCAGUGGACCAGGGCUCUUAUAGGUGGUGAGAAGUAGAAUAAAUCCUUUGCUUUCAUGAAGACAGAAAAUGAAGAGGAAAAGCAGUGAGUGGUGGGCAGGCUAAUGUGGCUCGGCAUCUGUCUUUUAAAGGUCUUUCAGUACUCUUAAAAAAUGAAAGCAAAGGUUAUCACCGAACCACCUGACACACUCACCUGAAUGUUAUCUUGAUUUUGAGAAUGACUCUAGCUGUUUCUCAGCUUAAAAAAAAAAGCUUAUUGGGUAUCAUAUUCCUCCAAAUAUACAUGUGGGGCCUGAACAUCAGCCUUCUUCACACUAUAAAAAGGAUGAUGGAUGCCUGAAUGGCCAUGCUUAUUUUGUUGAUACCUACUAUGUGGUAGGCCCUCAGGAUUUUGAAGAGUCAAAGGUGAAUUGUUGUUCAGUCGCUAAGUCGUGUCCAGCUCUGUGACCCCAUGGACUACAGCAUGCCAGGCUCCUCUGUUCUUCACUAUCUUCCAGAGUUAGCUCAAAAAGAUGAAUAAACAUGUCUAGUUUGGGAAAUGGCUAUAUAAAAAUUAAGUACAAUAAAGUAUG